UCGAACGAAGAUUUCGUUUCAAGAAAAGCAAAAACAAUAGCGUCGCGAGUGGAAAUAACGCGAGCGGUGCAUGCAAGUGUGUAUAGCGCGUGUACGUAGUGUGUGAGUGUGUGCAUUUUUUUUUUUAGCCGAAUCACAAACGCAACGCAAAAAGGAGCACUGCGUGCCAUCUGGUCUCCAAAUCGAAAUGCUGCCGGAUGCGGUUUAACGUGCCUGUCCGGUGCUCGUCGGGAAGCGAACCGAAACACGAGCGAAAGAACGUCUACCAGGGGCAAUAGCUGGAUAACCCCCCGUACCCGGUAGGGAAAGCGGACUCCGUAGAAGACUCCGCUGUGUUUGGCGAGGGGCCGCUCCACGGAAAAUAUGAACUGGCUGUCGUCGACGCCACCGUCAACAUCCCGUGACCAGCAGUAUCGUCAGCCCCGGUCGCCACCACCACCGCUACUACUGCACUGCCCCGCGAUCAACCAAAUGCGGCGAAGCUCGCUGCCUAUCAGCUGCACAGUUUCAGCUAAAAAACGCAACAACCGCAGCACAGCAGUUGCAGUUACCGGCACAACGAAGAGUGGUGAAGAGUGAAGUGACAAAAAUAAAUAGCAGGCAAAACAGGCGAGUGGUGAGAGAGAGAGAGAGAGAGAGAAAGAGAGAGAGAGAGUGCACGUGUGAAGAAAGUGUAUGAAACAAUCGAAUAUAUCCACAGCACGCGGUGCCGAGUGCAUCCUUGACAAAGUAGGUCUCUGUGUGUAGUUGCAUCCGAUCGGUAAGGUAGGCUGCAACAGCUGCCUGCGUGUGUGUAUUUUUUUAUAUUCGCCUUACGUCUUAGCCAGUUUCUUCGCGUGUGGUGACAGCAAGUAGAAGAAAAAAUCGAUCCUAAGCGAGCAAGAAAAAGAAUUGUGCGUGUUCAGUGCGUCUAGUGCGUUGUGACGAGGGCGUUGCGUGAGGGCAAGACCGACUUGGUGGGUGUGUGUGUGUAUAAGUCUGAGUUCGGCUAUAUCAGGGCCCUCAGGUCUCCCCCACAUUCUCACCUUUCGACGGCACGGCCGGCACCACCAAAGCACCAGACGGCACCUCACCAUGUUCACAGUAAGCGGCGAAGAGACCCAGGUCAGAAGCUGGAUGAGUAGACGCAGCAUCUGCACCAGAUAUCACCGAUGGACAAUGAGAGUCCUCGUGCUAGUGUUGCUAGUCCUGUUGCAGCUGGAAUUGCAGGUGCACUUUCAGACGGUAGCAGCCUCACCGGAUGAUACGUCCUCUUCCGGUUCCACCACAUCGACAUCCACUCACAGUUCCACAACACAGUCCGGUUCGUCAUCAGCGUCAACCUCGUCCCUCGGGAUCAUACUAGACGAGGAUGGCGUGCUGCUAGGUGCGCCCGGUCAACAAACGCUCAGUGAGGAAGCGGCCACACAUCUGCACUUCCUGCCAGCGCAGUUAAAUUUCGCGCAUCGGUCCAUCGGUGACCCGCACAAUCAGCUGAUAGUGCUGUUCAAUCGGCACAAAAACCGCAGCGUCUAUCUGGGCUCGAUCUCCGGCGGUACGGCAGAAUUCUCCAGCUCGUACUUCAAGGAGAAGGUGAUCCCGCCCGGUGGCAAUACCAGCUUCAAUGUGGUGUUUCUGCCCCGCAAGCUGGGUGCCGCGGAUGGAUCACUGCUCGUGCACACGUCCUUCGGCAUGCUCCGGUAUCCGGUGCAGGGCGAAGGCAUCGAAUGUCCGUACCGGUUGCGGCCGCUCGUCGGACUGCAGGCACCGCUCAAUGCGACACUUGCGCCGGAAAUCACACUGUACAACCCUCACGACACACCGCUCCAGAUCGUGGAGGUGUACAGCAGCGGGGGGAACUUUCAGCUCGAACUCCCGAGCGGUGCUCAGGAGAGUCCGCAAACGCUGUGGGAAAUCCCACCGCAUAGUACGCGCACGGUGAUAAGGGUGCGGUUUCAUGCCCGUACCCCCGGCAACCAUCUCGCGUACGUCCGGAUCAAGAUCUCAGGCGGGGCGGCGAAUCCCUCACUCGUCGACAAGAUGCUGGUCGUACCGAUCGAGGUGGAAAUAUCGAAGGAGACGGGGUUAUACUCGCGGAUACCAUUUCUGGAGCUAGGCGUCACAUCGUCUUUGUCCGAGGAGGUCAGCACGACGGCAAGGCGUACGACGGCCGCGCAUGCACUGGCCGCACCGGUGGUAGACAGCGAGUUUGGACUGAACGUCCGGACCGGCCGGAACGUGACCCGGCUCACACUGGACCUCUACAACUCCGGCAGUCAGUCGGUGCGAGUGAAGAGUUGGCUCGUGCAGGCAGAUGAUAUGGAGUCGGUGCACUGUAUGCAGGUGCUGGUGGGCGAAGGACCAACGCUGCACGUCGAGUUUGAUUGGUCCAAGUUGACGAGCGAACGGCGCCACAUCAGUGGCCGGAUAUUGCUCAAGCUCGAACGGAUACUGUCCUCGCCAGACGGGAGUGAACAUGCGAUGGGGGACGAAGACGAUGCGGAGGAGGAUGGUGAACAGCAGGAGGAGUUACAGAGUCAGGAGGAAACAACCAGCGCGGAGAGUCGACCGGUGGAUGAGUACGAACGGGUGGUUAUCCGCAUGAACGAGUACGAUGGAACCGCUACUUCCACGGAGGAAACAGGAGGAGGAGGAGGAGGGUCCGAACGGUCGAAGGUUGUCCCGAGUGUCUACGCCAUACCGUUCGCCGGUGAGGUGCUGAAGGGUAGCAUCCAGUAUAACGAGGAAGUUUUGCGGUUUCUCCUGCCGGCGCACGAACAACCAUCCGCCACCGUUAAGGAGGAAGAAGAGGCAGCGGGCAGGGGCCGGGAGCUGGUCGUCCGGAAUCACUUCAACGUGCCAUUGUCCAUCACGAACAUUAGCGUACCUGAGAACUGCUCGCGUUACUUCGCGAUCGAGCACUUUCGACCGAUCGUGCUGCAGCCGAACGACGAGCGAACGUUGCUACGGAUCCACCGGAAGGUUACCGAUACGGUGUGGGCCGACACCCAGCAACCGUUUACGAUCGUCACAUCGUUCCGGCUGGCGACUAAUAUUAGCGACUACGAGCUGCCGGUCCAGGGGUACAGUGGCCGGCUGGAGCGGUUACUAUCGCCUACGGUGCGGGACGCAUCGUUACUUACGCCAACCGGGUUGGGCGUGCAGCCGGCGGGCGGCGGGAUGGAUGCGACAGGAGCGCAGGAGCUUGACUUUGGGGUGCUGCCGAUCGCAACGAUCGGGGAGGCGCUGGUCGCGUUCCGCAAUCCCAACCCCAUCCCGAUCCCGAUCAUCCACUGGAAGGGGGCGAUCACGUCGGACGGGGCGGUCGGAGCGCCCACCAUCACGGUAAUACUGCGGGGCUGUGGGCCGCUCCGGUUGGACGGGCUGGUGUUCUGCCACACGGUGCAGCCGGGCGAGUGGAUCGUGUACCAGAUCAGCGUGCAGAGCGGUACGAUCGACAGCUACCAGGGCCGGUUCACGGUCAAGACGGACUACGAGGAGAUCGUGACGCCGCUCCGGUUUACCACGGCCGUUGGCGAGCUGCACCUGAUGCGUGAGCGGUUGCGCUUUGACGAUUGUUUUCCGGGCAAGCUAUGCACACUGUCACUGUUGGCCGCCUCCAGCUUCCCGACCAAGAUCCAGAUCGAAAGUAUCCGUACGGAUGUGCCGGGGCUGAGCUAUGAGUUCCUGUCGCCGGACAAGCAGCGUCCACUAGCGCCGAAUCAACCGGUCGCCCUGUACCCGGACACGGUCACCAGCAUCGGCCGGAUGACGCUCGACCCGAAGGCCCACUGUGGCCCGGUGGCGGACUGUUACAGCAGCUUCGAUUUGCUGUCGAAACCGUUCGGCGUCAAAUGGAUGGCCACGCUCGACUGUUACGAGCAGUACCGGCGGCUGGACAGUGAUAAGCUACUGCAGCAGCUCCAACGAUACGCGGAGAUGAGACAGCGGCUGACGAGCGUACAGUUUCAGGUGCUGGCCGAAUCGAGCCGGAGGUUCGAUUUUAACGCGAGCGUUGAUCUGGUGUGGCCCAAGCUGCUGGAUGAGAAUGUGUUCUUUCCGACGUUGCAGGUAGAGCAGGAAGCGGUCCGGCUGAUAACGAUCAACAAUCCAUCGGAUCAGAUACUGUUCGUGCAUCUGGUACUGCACGACGUGGCCAUCCACGGACGGCAGCCCAUUGUAGAUGGUGGCGGCGUUGGUAGCGGCAUCAAUCUACCUCCCGAGGUGUUAACCGCCUGUGACAACUGUACCCUGAGCGAGGAGAGCGUAUUUUCCUUCUUCCUGUUCGACAGUGACGACAUAUACGUAAAUUACGUCAAACCACAAUCGUUUCUGCGGAUCGCGAUCAAGUUUAGUGCCCAGCUGCCCGGCACCUACUCGACCGUACUGUACAUGCGCAACAAUCUGACGCUAAUUGAUGCCGCCUGGAUACAGGCACGGGCCGUUGUCCCACUGUUCAAGUUUGGCAACAGGCGGCCCGGUUCUGCAACGGCGCUUCAGUUCGAAAUCACCGAAAAGCAUGCGCAACCGUGCUACGAUCGGUUUUAUCGCAAGCUACGAUCGGAGGGUCGCUUCAAGAAGUACUACAUCGAUGCCCAGGGCCAGAAGCACGAUGUGACGCAGGAUGAGCCGGUGGCGGGUGACGGUGAGGAGAAGAAGGAGUUUGUGGUGGAAACGAGACGAACUUUUACGGCGCGCAACUACGGCGAGGUACCGAUCCUGAUAUCCGGCAUCCGGAUCGAGGAAACAUCGUGCGAAGGUUUCGGCUUCAAGGUGCUGGACUGCACACCAUUCGAGCUAGCGCCUAACGCUAGCCGCAAGAUCGAGAUAGCGUUUGCACCCGAUUUCACGCUGUCGCGCGUCAUGCGCGUACUGCACUUCGACACGAACAUAAACCACUUUUCGGUCAACUUUACGCUGCUGGGCACGGUACCGAUGCAUCGGUUAGAUGUUUGCAAUGAGAUGCUACCGCGGCCCUGGUUCGAGUACUGGUUCCGUGCCGUACUGUUCGUCGUGUUGCCGACCGUGCUGUUCGGUACGCUGGCGGCCGCCGUACUCGACUCGAACCGUGUGCUACGGGUCCAUUUUUUGAGCCUCGUGCGCGAGAAAGGGCCGCUGCAGCCGCCGCUUGAUCUGCGCCAGAUCGCGCUACAACAUUCAAACGGGGUGAGUGAUGCCGGGAAGGAAUCGGCCAAUGGUAGCAAAGAUGGACGGGCGGGCGGCGGCAGCGGUGGGUCGACGAAUCAUCAAAACGGUAGCGUGAUCAGUGCGUCCUCUACGGUGGUAUCCCGCAGUCAUCGUAAACCAGAUCGUAAAAAUGGAACACACACAAAGGGUGGAACGGCGACGGUAGCGGCAGGACUGCAGAACGGAAGUACCAGUAGCAGUAGUGGAGCAUCCUCGGGCGAAACUACGGGCAGCCGAUUCAAUCGUAGCUGGACGGAUUUUACAACCAAGCUGGGCGCGACUACUAAACCCAUCCUUACGGCUGCGACUCCCACAUCGUUAACUUCCUCGCUGCUCGAUGCGGGAGGCCGAGCGUUACAAGCGACCCUCACCAAGAGCCGCCGUUCGAUCACUCCGUCGAAGGAGCAACAGCAACAGUCGUCGAUCAGUACGGAACUUUUGACGUCCAACUCACCUUGCAGCAGCAGCGGUGGAGCAACCAAAGACAGAACGAAGUCCCCUUCGUCCACAUCCGAAACGGAAAGCAAAUUCGCCAAGAAUGGACCGUUCGGUGGAAAAACAGCAUCGAGCAGUGCUUCAACCAUUGACUUAACCAGCGUGCUUGAAUCAAAUUCAACCGCCAGCAAGCAGCAUCACCACACCAACUGUUCGACGUCCUCAUUGGCGUCUUUGUCGUCCUCCACGUCGUCCUCAUCGUCCGUGACAGCAACGGAAGAACCAGCCGCAGAGGAGCGGCCCAUUUCAUUGACGACUUCUUUGUCCCUUUUCUCGUCAUCCUCAUCCUCCUCGUCAUCGUCAUCAUCGUCGUCCUCUGCGUCAACGACAUCCUCGUCUUCUUCGUCACCAUCGCCAACGUCGAAGCAGCAGCACCAUCAUCAUCAUCAUCAUCAGCAAAAUCAUCAAUCCAAACAGCAGUCUGCAACAACAACAGCCACCACCAAAACGAACGUGAAGAAAACGAAAAGCCUUCCGGUUAGCUACGAAUCGGUGGUUGUCUCGUUGGCAUCGGUGUUUGCCGCCACUAGCACCCUGUCGAGGACGGGUACCACCACCACAACCUAUACUAGUCAGAAACCCACGGCAGAAGUAACGUCUUCAACGGUGGUCACAUUGGCCACUGGAGCAUCACCCACUACGAAAGUUUCGGUACCAUCGGUGCAGAUAUCGACGAAAGAAAUCCCAAGCAAAUUACGGACCGGACUACCGAAUGUUGCGAAUGGUAAGCAGCUCGUGAACGCAUCGAUUGGUAAUGGAUCAACCAAAGCUACGGUGACACCCAACAACAAGCAACAAGAAUCAUCUGUGAGCUGUGUGAAGUCGGAAGUCGGUGAGAAGGCCAAACCUUUCAGUGGUACAAUGGGAACAGCCGACAGUGGUGGAAAGGAAAAUUGUUCCAGUGGUAAUAUCAUAUGCCACGAGAAACCGUCACUCGGAAACGGAAAUGCACAGGUGGAAUCGUCACUUCAGCCACAGCAGCAACAAUUGUCGCAAAUGAAAAAGUUUAGCAAAACACCUGGCCGUGAACGAAAGCCGAACCAAAGCAAGAAGGGCACGAACGGUAAAGGGACUUCCACGGGCGGUAGCGCACAGCAGUACAAGGGAACAGCGCUACAGUUCAAUACUCCAGCGCAACAACAGCACAAAUCUACCACGCUUGGCACAAUUCUGCAGAACGCAUCCGUACCCGUGCCUUCGUCGACUGCGGCUGCCGCCACGGUUUGGGGCGAAAACUGUGCCCGAUUCAGCGAUGUCGUUGCCCAAACGCCUGCCGCCAAGGUCGGCGGAAAGCAAUCCACGGUUACUUCGCUGUUGCUGAGCAUGGAAUCAAUUUCCUGGCUGUCGGGCAUCUCGGGUAGCAGCAGCAGCAAUCAAAACGCAGAUAAAUCAACCAAUCAUUUACGUUCACAUGGAAGUAAUGCUUACGGGACAAUGGCGGGAUCAACCGCGGGCAGCACACAAAGCUAUCGGAAGCCACUGCAUUCGCUGCAGGAGCUUCCCAGCAAUGGUUCCGUGUCAUCUCUCUCCGGUACGAACGCUACGAAUCGCACCGAGCAAAAGUCGAAAGACGAUAGCUGUAUUGAUGGAACGCCCGAAAAGGAAUAUUCGGCACCAUUUGUUGCCACCAGUGCGUCACCGGAUUUGGGUCCGAUUGGAACAUCCAAAAAAUCACCCACCGGCGGACACAACGUCGAUGGUGAAGAAGAGGAAUGCGAUGGAAUGAUGGGUCACAUGGCAGGCGGACGAGUCGGGUCCAAUAUGGCUAAAUGCUGGGAACCAUUCGGAGGACACGUUAUCCACAAUCCGACCCAACUGGCGGGUGGUUCUAGCAGUGAGGCAUCGACCACGAUUAGCAAAGCAAUGAAUGCUGGACAACAGUCGGACAGCUUCUUUUCGCAAUCGUUUACCGAUUUCCCACACCGCCAGAAUGAUCAAUAUCGGGGCAUUGCUUCGAUGGCGGGCGGAUCGAAUGGAAACAUGAAUGGGAUCACCACAUCGUCGCUACUUUCAAUCGCAGGCCACGGUUUUACAGAUCACUCCACUGGGUUGUCUCAUGGUGGUAACAAUCAACAACCAGACAACAGCAGUUCUGGAGCGGUUGAGAAUAAUUUUAUGGAAGCUCGCCGUACAUCAUUUCACUCGUCCGGACAGCAGCAUCAACAUCAGCAAAACAAUCACCACGAUUGGAACAACACGAUGGAGGCGCAUCUGCAGUGGCCCAUGUCUACGCACAAACCGUUGGCCUCGCAACCGGGCGGCUUGAACCAAAACUGGCGCACGGCAGAUCUGUGGAAUAGUCUGAACGCGCAACAUCAGUAUCAACAGCAACAGCACCACCAACAGCAGCAACAAAUGGCUUACGAAUCGGUACUACACUUUCACUCACAGCUGGCAAGGGCCGCCGCAGGAGCCAACCAGCUGCCGGGAAAUCAUCCGCUCCAGCACCAGCAGCAAACGGUUCCGGAUGUUAGACUAGGCCAUCGUACAUCGAACCUGAAUGAUGCGUGGCUAGGUACGGCAAUGUCUUCGGGUCAGACAACGGUAGCCCCACCGCCUGGCUUCUCCAAUCAUCUACCAUCAGCGGGAACACAUGCGAACAUGAGUGGUUUGCCAUCGAAUAGGAUUGUGUAUCAAGAUCCACAGCAAGCGUAUAACAUGCUUCUCCAGCACCAACUCCAACAACAGCAACAACAGCAGCAGCAACAUCAACAAUCGCAACAACAGCUCAUCCGUCAACUUUCAUCCGAAGAGUCAAACAUCGUUGGCGGCGGCAAUGGUACUUCUGGUGGCAGUGCUUCUGCUUCUACGACUGAUUCUGCAUCUGGGCAAACAACGGUGACCGCAGCAGUAACAGCAGCAGCAUCAACAGCAUCUACGUCCGGCUCUUCGACAGGCACUUCGGGUUCCUCAUCGUCCUCUUCUUCGUACAGUCCCUUUCAGUUCCCUUCGAUCUGGUCCCCGGCUAACAAUAUAGAUGUGUGGACUGCGUCUACGGGAUCGUCCGAGGAAACAUAGGCCCCGACUGUAGCUUACAGAGGCUAUAUCGAAUUGCAGCUGAAUGCACAUUACGUGUUAUGCUCGAUUUGUUAGUUUUGUGCUGGAUAUUUUUCUUUUUCCUCCAUUUUACUUUAUCUUCUAAACACAUCCCUUGCUAUUAUAUCGGCAUACAGGCAUACAGGCAAUCUAUUUGUAUAAAACUUAAAAUCUGAAUUUUGCUCCCAAUUUUUUCUAAAGUUUUACUAAGCUGUUUGGUGCUUCUAACUGGUCAAAAUGCAAUGGAUACUUAUCAUUGGACCAAUAAAGCAAUACAGCUGCAAACGAUUUAGAACAUGGAACUAGUUGGAAACUUAAAAAAAAAAGUUUUCAAAACUGAUUGGAAGAAAAUUCUACCUUUUGCCAUUACUAAGCGCCCAGACUGUUUUGCUAAAGUUUUGUUUGAUUUUUUUUUAUUUUACGAUUAGCUCUUCUUAAUCUUACGGCCACUGCUCGUGUGUCAGCGCUAGGUUACGUUUUUAUCAGUUCUAGGUUCUCCUUCCUAUUUGCACCAGAAAUCUUAGAAAGAGUACGAAUUUUAAUUCGUUUAUUAAUUUACAUUAUUAUUUACUACUUUUCUUCAAAUUAAGUCAUUUAUGGUUUACUUUGAGCUUUAGUUUCGUUUAGCUUUCCUUUUAGUAACAUUUUUGUACCACAAUGUGAAGAUAUAUUUUGGCUGCGUUGCGUAAAUAAUUUGAAUUACACUUAAAAUGAAACGAACAUAAAAAAUACUGCUUUGCAGAGUGGAAGUAAUUUAUUUUGAUCGAUGUUAGAGAGGAUCAAAAUUGGCAACCGAUUGGCAUUCAAUAAUUUAUGCUGCUAUUAAGCUGUUGCCGAGUCCUUUGCCAAAUAAAUGAGAUGGACUUUGUUUAUAAUGUUCCGUUUGCAUCGAA